AUGGUGGCUAUGUUGCCAUCUUUCCCAAGUGAGGCCAUUGCUCCUGGUUUUCCAUCUACACAUUCUCAAACGCCUCUCAACAGUGGUUCGUCUCUCCAUCUGAGUGAGCAGAGGAGAUCUAUGACUGCAAGAAGGAGAGCCAUACAGAGCCUAGCUACAAACCCCAACUAAUCAAAGUAGUGCUGAAUGAGAACAAACAAGAAUCUGAACAUGGCUCAGUGUUGGAGGGGCUCAAAGAGGAGAGGGGCAUUCUGACCAGAUAUCAAAUCAAACCAAAUCACAUUUUAUUUGUCACAUGCGCCGAAUACAACAGGUGUAGACCUUACAGUGAAAUGCUUUACUUACAAGCCCUUAACCAACAAUGCAGUUUUAAGAAGGAAAAAAAAAAGUGUUAAAGUAAAAAAUAGAUAAGUAAAAAAGUAUGAGGCACAGGAAGUGGGCGUUCUAGAAAAAGGGUGAGUGAGUGGGAGUAAGAGAGCAAAACAAUUCUACAUCUGCAUUAUGGCAUUUUUCUAAAACUUAAACUACAUUUCUCUGCCUGUCAGUUACCUGUCAGAUACUGUAGAAUAUGAAACACUUGAAUUUCAACUCUGUUUUCAGGCACUGCUGAAUGUGGCACGCCAUUCCUGCAGACAUGCCAUUAUUCUUGACUGUCAGAGAUAGGUGGGUUGUGUUGAUUUGCUGCAGGAGUGCAGCUUUUCCUUCGUUUGGCUGCUUACGAUAACACUUUUGAACCAUCUCAUCCACAUCUGACUGACACUACUGUGCUUUUUGCACUAUUCUUGGAAGGCGCAUGCCCUGUGCUUUCUUCUCCAUCUAUUUAUCUAUUUCGUGUCUCUUUCAGCCCUUCGUGUCAGUCUCCCAUCCAAGGGGGUCAGCCAUUGUGGUAUGGGAUGGGAGCAACUGUUGACAAAGAGCCAAAAUAAAUUUCACACAGCCAGACCACUUGUGAGGUUGUGGCCCUGGCAAAGUGUCAAGUUGUAG